GCAACUGACAUAUCUCGCCGCACAGACAAGACCUCAUACUCCAUUCCUGACGACGGGAGCCCCGUCACCAUCCCCACUCGUCGGAAACAUCGCUCCCGCGGGGACGACUCCAAACUGUCCCGCUCGUCGCAGCACUCCCAGACCUCCCUGCUCAUCGAGUAUUUCGAGGGCGGGAAGGGUUCUGGCUCCCUCACUUCCCGCCCCAGUGUCCGCGUCCGUGUCACCCCUUCCUCCGCGCGGAAGCUCAAGGACCAGAAAGAUCACAUCCAGAUCACCGAGUCGAGUGGCAAUCGGAAACCCGUCUAUUCCCGCCGCAUCUCCCUCAGCUCGCCCCACAAGCACAAGUCGCUGGAGGAGUCGGCUGUUGAUGACAGUUCUUCCAAUUCAGCCACCGAUGAGAACCAGCCUCCCGGCCAUUCUCCCUUAGAAAUCGAGCUCAUGAAUCGCGACCAAGGCAGUGAGCUCUCCGCCCUGUCGCGCGAUAGGUACUUCCACCCAACCUCCGACAUCUCGUCGAUGCCGGCGGAUAGCAUGCUGGAAGCCCCCUCAUCUGGUCCUCGUCGAAAACGCAGUCAGAGCUUGGAACGUGAAUCCAAGGAGUACCUCAAAACCCCCCGGCGACAACGUAGUCGCAGUCUCAGCACCGAACGCAUUGCUCAUCGAGUCGCAGAGAAGCUCAGUAACGACCCUCGUGACGUCUCUAGGCAACGCCGUCGCGCCGAAAGAAGUAGGUUCGAAGACGGCAGCGAUCUCCAAGAAAUGGACUCCAAGUCUCCUCGACGUCGGGCUCUUCCCGACGAUAUGAUGAGUCCAGAAUCCAGCCUCCUCAGCGCCUCGGCUGUGUCCUCGCAUCGCCGAUCCGGUGAUCAAUACUCGUUCAAAUCCGGCACCUCAAAGUCAUCGAUCAACAACCCCAAGCUUCUUGAGACGGUUGAAGACGCGAUCCGAAGACUCAUCCUGCCUGAGCUGAAGGAACUUAAGAAGGACCAGAAAGUCAUCACCAACACGUCCAAGUUUGAGCGCGACAUGAACACCUCACAUUCAUCAGCCAGCACGCCCUCUCGGGACGAGCUCGGCAGACGACUCUCCAAACACGCAAGUGCCCCUGACAUCCAGCAAAGACAGCGAAAGAAGCCUGGCAGAAGCGAAAGAAGUCAGGAUCUCGGUUACAUCAGAUGGGCUAACCGGCCCGAGUUGACCGAGCAAGAAAAGCUCCGUCGACAAAAGAGCAAAGGACUGCGUGAUGCAGAAAAGGCGGCACUCGUGGGGACGGCCCUAACCGCUGCAGCCCUUCAGCACCACGACUCACGGUCCAGCCUCGGGAAAAGCGAGGGAAGAAGAAAGAGCAGUGGGGCCCGAAGCCGCACCGGCAGUAUUAACGAGACCGAACUAGUCUUCCAGAAGCACAAUGUCGCCCCAAUGCCACUGCGCAGUGCGAUUGAAUCCGACCUCACCAGAGCCUCCCUUCUCUCCGAGCAGACCGCCGAACCAGCAGCUUCGUACGGAGACACCAAGUUCCAUGAAGGGUUCCGCGGCUCCCCUUUCCAGUCUCUCUCCCCGGCACCUCUCUCCCCGGCACCUCGCACGCCAAAUAGGACGCCUCUGGACGUGCGGCAUGAGUUGAAGCUCAAGCACAGCAACUUGUCCAGUCACGACUUGUCGAUGCAUAGCCCCUCGAGUCGGUCGCCCGUCGGGGAUGCCGCCGCGGGCGCUAUUGCCGCCGCCGCCGCCGCUAAUCUGCUCGACUCCCACUCCGAACACCAUGACCUCGACUACAGUGAUCUGGCGAGCCGUCGGCGCACUCUUAGUCCGAUACAGAGCGUGGCCAGCAAUGAGAGCCAAUCUCCGGUCAAGCAGGACUUGACCCAUUAUGAUAGGUACGAUUACUCCGAAGAUGAACGAGAAUUGGAGCCGCGUCUCUCGAUUGACUCUCUUUCGUCUGCGCCCAGUACGGAUUUUGCACGAUCUACCCGCCCAGAAGGCCUCAGCAUCACGAGCCAGACGGAGUCCCUACGCCGUCAACAGGAACCUGGCCCCGAGCUCGGCUACGAGGAGACCCCCCGGCCGUCUCCCCGAGAGGAAAGACACUGGGAGGACUGUUCCGACGAUGAUGAAGAUCAGCAUUCGCUAGCAGAGACUGAGACUCAGAGCACCGUGGGUAAACGCAUGACCGGGUACACCGAUGACAGCGAGCUUGAUCACCACGACCAGGAAGAUCACGGCCGACCGGUAGCUGAAGGCCUUGCUGCCAACCCCCAAUUCGUACAUCCGAUGGCUGUCGAAUCGGCGGUGGCCUCUGUCCUCGAACCUACGAUCCUGGAUACCAAGUCCAGCCAGUCCGGACCGAAUCGUUCAAUGGCUGGUAUUCCGGAGCAAGAGGAAGAAGAGUGGGAGCCAGAGCCUCUGGAGCAGUCGGAGCAGCAUGAGCAGGCAGAGCACGAAUCUCGCCGAGGAAGCCCUCUAAAGCAGCGCGAGGAUGUUUCCAGCCCCGACGCGACCUCAUUCCCUAGACGCAUGGGUGCUACGUCGCCGCCCCAGAGCGUCACUCAGUCGCUGGACGACCACUACCAGAACGAACCAGCUCCUUUGUUUGCUGGCGACCUCGACAGCAGCCCAAUGCCACAUGAAGACGACCGCAGCCCUGAUUCAGAAUCAGAAAUCAAUACCAAUCCUUCCAUCAUUCAAGGACCCGCGGCCCACGAAAACAGCUGGUCAUUUAACCGCACCCCUUCCAAAGACGCUCCUUCUCCCCUCUUUGAUAAGUCUGGAGCUGGCGCCGGUGCUGGCUUGGGUUUGGGGUCAGUUGAGCCCUCCCACUAUGGCCAGGACUACUACCCGGAGGACGACUACGGUGCGAACGACUACUAUGAUCAGCAGUACCACGGAGGCCAGAUGCUCGGCACCCCGCUUGGUGCCAAAGACGAAGGUUAUGUCUCCGCCGCGAACCCUCGCUCCCCGAGUGUUGAGACCCCUGAGCCACUAAGCAAGGGUAUUGCUGGAAUCGAUACAAAUGGAAUGGGUCUGUUUGACAGUCCCCUCGGAGGGGAAGACCACUUUAUGCCUGGUCACCAGCGGCAAUUGAGUGGCUACUCUCAAGGAGUUGGCUCACCUCUGUAUGACAGUGCAACUGGGAAAGGGAUUGACCGGAUUCAGUCCAAGGACAUUGUUGCACUCAUGGACCAUGUGAGUACUAGUGUCCUCUUGCUUGAAGCUCACAGUUCGCGAUGCCCAACGGAAUGCCAGGGACACGGAAAUUCUCGUGACUCUUGUUCGAAGCGCCGCGGAAAUGCGCAACUCAUUCGAGGAGAUGAAGAAGUUCAUUGCCCUGCAAGACGGGAUGCUCAGGAAGCCAGUGACCGGCAGCACGAGCGGACCUAUCGAGCUCUUGGUGGGCCACGCCCCCAGCCGGCCAGCACGCGUAGCGCUCGCCAGGUGCCUAUUGACGACGGGGAUGACCUGCGGUCGAAGCGAAAGAAUAUUUUCAAGCGAGCACUCAAAGGCCUGAGCCUCAAGAACUCCAAUGACCUCACUCGAAUCGAGGAUAUGUUGGAACAGCUCCUGGAUGAAGUCGAAGCUCUACGCUACGGCCAGGAUGACCGGUUCGUGCGGGGAGGCAACCGGGCCGCCAGUGUGGAUCCUGAGGGCUAUGAGCCGGAGGGCCAUGCUGGAACUUCAUCGCCCGGAAACCAGUCGGAGUACCUUUCCACCUCUUCUCAGCCUGUUCUGGAACCACUCGUUGGGAAUGGACUGCGGAGGGGCAUGGAAAACCGUGUCAGUACGGUGCCCGAACUGGAUGAAGACGUAGAUGAGCAGGCGGAGUUCAUGAGUCCAACCAUGCCUUCGCAGGAGCCGGCCAACAACCGCCAGGUCCGGGCUGGCUCCGCUCCCGUGUCUACACCUCCUCGUGAGCCGAUGGCUUCGGGUGCCCUCAGUAAUGAGGCGACGCCGAAGACGACGGAGAAGGCUAAGAAGCACAAAUCGAGCAGCUCUUCAUUCUUCCCGAAGAUCUCUCGUUGGUCCAAGACCACGGCGUCUUCGAUGGGAGACAACAUCCGCAACAGCAUCCAACCUGGCCGCAGCAAGGAGCGAGCGUCUUUCGAUACCUCGCGCUCUGGAUCCGAGGCUGCACCAGGACCAUAUAAACCGGACUACUAUGAUCCUCAGGGCGAAGACCGAUUGCGCUCGACGUACACUCUGGAGGACCCGCAGCAGGAGAACCGACCGCCGUCCCCUCUGGUUCCGUCUCAAGCGUCGGGGCAAGCAUCGGAAGCGCCGAAGUACCGGGCUCACCGGGGCAGUCUCGAUCUUCACCAUCCCCAGCCUCGCCAGGGCCCGUCUGGGCGAUACCAAAACCAGCUGGAGACGCAAGCUCAAGUCUAUGGCGUGCCAGCGGGCGCCCCUUCGGACCAGUGGGGAUCCAACCCCAGCUUGUCCGGCGUGAACGCCAACCCGCGCUACAGCGGCGCCAGUCGUCUUUCACCCAUCUCGGACGCGGGCUACUCGGAAGCGAGCUCGCGGCGCACGGGGCCUCCUCGUCCACCUAAGAUCAAGGAUGAGGGACCACUGAUCCCGGAGCGGCCGCCCAAAGUCAAGGAAGACGAUGAGCGAUCGUACAUGGAACGAGUUGCUUCGCGGAGUUCGAUCAUGCGCUCUCCCCGUAGCACGCCGCCUCCCCGGAAACCCACGGGGCCUCGUCCCCUAACGUCGGGCAGCCAGUUCAGCCCUGCGCGGCGGCAGCGAAGCCAGUAUCGCGCCAGUCCGGAGCAGGUGGAUGAUGACCUUGACUAUUGA